UGAACUUUACAACACAGUUCGAGACUAUAAGGAUGAGCAAGGUAGACUUCUGUGUGAGCUCUUCAUUAGGGCUCCAAAACGCAGAAACCAACCAGAUUACUAUGAAGUUGUAUCUCAACCUAUUGAUUUAAUGAAAAUCCAGCAAAAAUUAAAAAUGGAGGAAUAUGACGAUGUGAAUAUACUGACUGCUGAUUUUCAGUUAUUGUUUCAGAAUGCAAAAGCAUAUUACAAGCCUGACUCCCCAGAAUACAAAGCCGCAUGCAAGCUUUGGGAUCUGUACGUGCGCACAAAGAGUGAGUUUGUCCAGAAAGGUGAAUGCGAGGAGGCGGAUGAAGAUGAGGAUGAAGCAGAUGACAAUAACACAGCCACCCCCGAAGGAGAGACAACUCCAAAUUACCUGAAGCCCGUUCUUGAACAGCUGCUGGAAUCUGUAACUGCCGCCACGGACCCAACUGGCCGAAUAAUUAGCGAGCUCUUCCAGAAACUGCCCUCCAAGAUGCAUUAUCCAGACUACUAUGCCAUAAUAAAAGAACCAAUCGAUUUGAAGACCAUUGCACAAAGGAUUCAGACGGGUUCUUAUAAAAGUGUCAACACCAUGGCCAAGGAUAUUGAUCUGUUAGCAAAGAAUGCCAAAAUAUAUAAUGAACCUGGAUCUCAAGUUUUUAAGGAUGCAAAUACAAUUAAAAAAAUCUUUGCAUUGAAAAAGUCUGAAAUUGACUUUACAGAAUUUGCCAAAUCAAGUUUGCGCAGCAGAAACAGGAGACCUGCUCAAGGGGACAGACUCUCUGCAAUUACCAUGGCAUUACAGUAUGGAUCAGAAAGUGAGGAAGAUGCUUCUUUAAAUGCAUCUGCUAUACGUUACGAAGAAGGGGAGUCCGAAGGGGAGAGCAUUACUUCGUUUAUGGAUAUAUCUAGCCCUUUAUAUCAGCUUUAUGAAACUGUAAGAUCAUGUCGGAAUAAUCAAGGGCAGCUGAUUGCCGAACCGUUCUUUCACCUUCCAUCCAAGAAGAAGUAUCCAGAUUAUUACCAGCAAAUCAAAAAUCCAAUUUCACUACAGCAAAUCAGAACAAAGCUUAAGAACCAAGAGUAUGAAAGUUUGGAUCACCUUGAGUCCGAUUUAAAUUUGAUGUUCGAGAAUGCCAAGCGGUACAAUGUCCCAAAUUCAGCCAUCUACAAGAGAGUGUUUAAACUACAGCAACUCAUGCAGGCCAAAAAGAAGGAGCUUGCGAGGCGAGAUCUUGAUAUAGAGGACGGAGACAGCAUGAUCUCUUCUGCUCCAUCUGAUACAGGCAGCUCCAAAAGGAAAAGCAAGAAAAACAUAAAAAAGCAAAGAAUGAAAAUUUUAUUCAAUGCUGUUCUGGAAUCACGUGAACCGGGUACAGGAAGGAGACUCUGUGAACUUUUCAUGUUCAGACCAUCCAAAAAAGACUACCCAGAUUACUAUAAAAUUAUACUCGAGCCAAUGGAUUUGAAGACCAUUGAGCACAACAUUCGUACAGAAAAAUACUCUGGGGAAGAAGCUAUGAUGGAUGAUAUGAAGCUGAUGUUUCGAAAUGCUUGGCAUUAUAAUGAAGAAGGUUCUCAGGUGUAUAACGAUGCACAUGUUUUGGAAAAAGUCCUCAAAGAAAAAAGAAAAGAACUUGGUCCUCUUCUUGAUGAUGAUGACAUGGCAUCUCCAAAACUGAAAUUAAGUAGGAAAAGUGGAAUAUCUCCAAAAAAGACAAAGUAUCUUAGUCCCAUGCAACAGAAACUCAAUGAGGUUUAUGAAGCUGUGAAGAAUUACACAGAUAAACGGGGCAGGCGUCUCAGUGCCAUCUUCCUGCGGCUCCCUUCUCGCUCUGAGCUCCCUGAUUAUUACUUGACAAUCAAAAAGCCAAUAGAUAUGGAAAAGAUUAGAAGUCAUAUCAUGGCAAACAAAUACCAAGAUAUCGAUGCCAUGUGUGAAGAUUUUGUGAUUAUGUUCAAUAACGCAUGCACCUAUAAUGAGCCGGAAUCGUUAAUCUAUAAAGAUGCGUUGGUUCUCCACAAAGUCUUACUUGAGACCCGUAGAGAUAUUGAAGGAGACGAAGAUUCUCAUGUUCCAAAUGUCACACUUCUGAUCCAAGAGCUGAUCCACAACCUUUUCGUGUCCGUAAUGAGCCAUCAGGAUGACGAAGGAAGAUGCUACAGUGAUUCUCUGGCGGAAAUACCUGGCGUUGACCCAAAGUUUCCAAAAAGGCCUCCACUAACAUUUGACAUUAUCAGAAAGAAUGUGGAGAACAACCGAUACAGAAGAUUGGAUUUAUUCCAAGAGCAAAUGUUUGAAGUUUUAGAAAGAGCACGCAGGAUGAACCGGACGGACUCCGAAAUCUAUGAGGAUGCAGUUGAACUCCAGCAGUUUUUUAUCAAAAUUCGUGAUGAGCUUUGUAAGAAUGGAGAAAUCCUUCUAUCUCCUGCCCUUAGCUACACCACCAAACACCUUCACAAUGACGUGGAAAAGGAGAAGAAAGAGAAACUGCCUAAGGAAUAUGAAGAAGAUAAAGCUAAACGGGAAGAAGAGAAGAAAGAAGCUGAAAAAAGUGAAGAUCCCGGAGGUGUGUCUGGGCAGUCUGGCUUAUAUCGCACGUACAGCCAGGACUGCAGCUUUAAGAAUAGUAUGUACCACGUUGGAGAUUAUGUGUACGUGGAACCUGCAGAGCCUAAUCUUCAACCACAUAUUGUCUGCAUUGAAAGGCUCUGGCAGGAUACUGCAGGCGAGAAAUGGCUGUAUGGUUGCUGGUUCUAUCGUCCUAAAGAAACCUUUCACCUUGCUACGCGGAAAUUUUUGGAAAAGGAAGUUUUCAAGAGUGAUUAUUAUAACAAAUUUCCUGUUAACAAGAUCCUUGGCAAAUGUGUUGUCAUGUUUGUGAAGGAGUAUUUUAAAAUCUGCCCUGAAAACUUCCGUGAUGAGGAUGUGUAUGUCUGCGAAUCUCGAUAUUCUGCUAAAGCCAAGUCUUUCAAGAAGAUCAAGCUGUGGACGAUGCCAAUCAGCUCCGUUCGUUUCAGGCCAAGAGAUAUCCCUUUGCCUGUGGUCAGAGUAGCCUCUGUGUUUGCCACGAAGAACAAACUGGAAGAAGAUUCAUCCCUGGAUGCCACAGAAGAAUGCAAGGAAGAGGAUAUCACUCAGAGUUUGCAGAAGGAGAAGGAAGACGUUCCUGUUGACAUGCCCAAUGGUGACCCUGGUUGCUAUUACUUUGAGCAGCUUCGAUAUAAUGAACUGUGGCUGAAGGUUGGAGACUGUGUAUUUAUCAAGUCUCAUGGAUUGGUUCGACCAAGAGUUGGAAGAAUAGAGAAAAUGUGGGUGCGUGAUGGAGCAGCAUUUUUCUUUGGCCCAAUCUUCAUACAUCCUGAAGAAACAAUCCAUGAACCAACAAAAAUGUUUUAUAAGAAGGAAGUGUUUCUGAGUAACUUGGAAGAGACCUGCCCAAUGUCCUGUAUUUUAGGAAAGUGUGGUGUUUUGUCUUUCAAGGAUUUCCUGUCUUGCCGACCAACAGAAAUUCCUGAAAAUGACAUACUCCUCUGUGAAAGUCGUUACAAUGAGAGCGACAAACAAAUGAAGAAAUUUAAAGGGCUUAAAAGAUUUUCUCUGUCGGCAAAAGUGGUAGAUGAUGAGAUUUAUUAUUUCAGGAAACCCAUUGUUCCCCAGAAAGAGCCAUCUCCUCUGCUGGAACGAAAGAUUCAGGAUUUGGAGGCAAAGUUUGCUGAACUGGAGGGAGGGGAGGAGGAGAUAGAAGAUCUAGGAGAAGAAGAGGGGGAAAUCCUAGACGCUCCAUCCCUUCCACAAAUUCCAACCCCUCUGUCAGGAGAGUUGGACAUAAUGCCUUACACACCACCGCAGGCUGCCGUGCUUUCAAGCUCCCCUCGAUGCUCCGACGACCUGACGCCAGCGGUCAGGCUGCCUUCCCCCUCCUCAGUGAUGCAAAGGGCAACCCUAGCAGAGCACACAGAAACACCCACUGACAGACAAACGAAAGAUGGCAUCCCAGGGGAGACUGUGGACAGCAAAUUACCAAAACAGUAUUUAGACCACGGAAAGUCCACUCCAAAAUCCACGAAGAACAGCGCUAAAAAGGAAGGUGGGAAGCGGAAGAUUAACAUGAGUGGCUACAUCCUGUUCAGCAGUGAGAUGAGGGCUGUAAUUAAAGCCCAACAUCCUGAUUAUUCCUUUGGAGAACUUAGUCGUUUAGUAGGAACUGAAUGGCGGAAUCUGGAAGCAACAAAGAAGGCAGAUUAUGAAGAGCGUGCCGCUAAAGUUGCAGAACAGCAGGAGAGAGAAAGGGCAGCGCAGCAACAACAGCAGCAACAGCAACAACAGAACUCCUCUCCUCGUGCUGGUACGCCAGUAGGAGCCCUGAUGGGAGUGGUCCCACCUCCUACACCAAUGGGAAUGCUCAAUCAGCAGAUGACACCUGUUUCAGGUGUAAUAGCACAAGGUGUCCCGUCAAUGGUUGGCUCAUCUGCAACUGGGAGCAACCCUUAUAAUCAACAGAUGGGAAUUCUUGUUCCACAAAGUCAGCAGGCCCCGCCCCCUUAUCCAGGUCAAGUUCCAAUAAAUCAACCAGUCAUGCAGCAACCUUCCACCCCAGUAUUUGUGGCUCCUCCUCCACGGACUCAAAGAUUGCUACAUUCUGAAGCCUACCUGAAAUACAUUGAGGGUCUGACUGCAGACUCAAAUUGCAUUAGUAAAUGGGAUCAGACACUGGCAGCUAAACGUCGAGAUAUCCAUUUGUCCAAAGAGCAGGAGAGUCGGCUUCCUUCCCACUGGUUAAAGAGCAAAGGUGCACAUACAACUAUGGCCAAUGCCUUAUGGCGUCUGCGAGACCUAAUGCUUCGUGACACACUAAAUAUACGCCAGGCAUACAACCUUGAAAAUAUGUAAUUUAUGCGAAACCAGGAUAAAAAGGAGUAUUGUGGAACAAUAGUUGUUUUUAGCAACUGGGAAGCCCAGGUCAUUUUUUUUUUUAAUUGAAUUUCUGUACAUUGUAUACCAUUUUGAUAUAAGGACAUUUUUUAAUAUGCUUAUUUUGACUGUCUUGUCAUUGUUAUAUAUUGAACCACCAUCAUCCUUCGAUACAGAAUUUUUUUUACAUCUUGUUUUCUGUUUGUGUUUGACAAGUAAUUGGAUAAUUUCAUGUCCUGUACUCUUGUUUUAUUGCUAUAAUAAAUACACACAGAGGAACGGGAUGGACUUAGCUGUACCUUGCACUGCCGUCAUUUUAAAUUAAACAUUUGUUACUUUACAA